GUAAAAAGCUGCAAGCUACAACUAUUUUUAUCCAACGUGACUUAAUGCAUUUUUCUGCUUUACAACUCAAAGGAUGUUUUAAAAGUUUCGAAAUCAUGUAACUUAUCUCUUUUGCUAGGCUCAUUUUGUGUUCACUGUUGCUGUUUUCUAUUAUUUUAUCAGUAUGUAUGAUGAUGAACAAAUUGUUAUGAUCCCUACAGAAAGGAGUAGGGAUCACACAACAAUUACUAUGGAACGUUUGAAAGUUUCAGAUAUGGACCAAAGAAAUAUAAUACAUGUUGCUGGAGGAAGUCACAAGGGCAUUGUUAUUUAUAAGCAAAUAGUAUCUGGUAAAAGCACUUUAAAACCACCAGAACUUUCUCUUGGUUUCAAAGUGAAGAUGAGAAGUGAAUCCAAUAAUCAACAUGAACUGGAAUAUUGGAAAUUGAAAUUUUGGUUCAAAGAUGUUGGAGAUGAGGAAAAAAUUGAGAGUGCGGAAGCUUUUCUAACCGAGCUGAUAUCUUCAGAAGAGCGUCCAAAAGAUUAUACAGGAUUUAUAAAGAAGACGAUGAAGUUAAUGCAGUUAAAAUAUCCAUGCAUUCAGAAAGUUGAAGUAGAAAUGAAGAAGCACUCUGAAAGUCAUCAACCUGUUCCAAAUGCUUUUGAAGCUAAAAGUUCAAAAUUAACUGCUGAUGAGGGGAAGCUGUUGGAAAUUAUUGAAGCUGUCUACCCUAAUUCUCUCUCAGUUAUUUCUGUUGCAAAGUCUUCCACUCUGUCAGUUGAGGAUGUCCAGAAGCAUCUAAAAACAUUAGAAAUGAGAGGACAAGUCAAGUGUUUAAGUAAUGGAAAUUACAUUCGUACCACUAAAAAUGAUUCAGAUGUAAAAAUUGCUAAACAGAUGCCAAUGAUUUCUCAGGCUAAGCAACCAGUGAUUGCUAUCAUCACUGCUCAAUACUGUGAAAAAGUGGCUGUAGAUUCGAUGAUAGAAAACAAAGAGACUUUUGUCAAGUUUAAAACUGAAGGUGAAUCAAAUGUUUAUACUUUGGGAACUGUUGGUCCACAUAGGGUUGUCUCGACUAAAUUGCCAGCUACUGGAAUGGCAAGAGGUGCUAUGAUUGCUGCUGGGAGCACAAUUACUAGGCUCUUGGGUUCAUUUCCGAGGGUAGAUUAUGUUUUUCUUGUUGGAGUGGGAGGUGGUGUUCCUCAUUGCUAUGACUACACUAAGCAUGUGAGGCUGGGUGAUGUUGUGGUAUCCACCCCACCAGAUCACACUCACUCUUAUGUGUACCUCUACUGUGAAAGCGCCAACAAUCCCCAUGAAGCAGCUGCAGCAUCCAUAAAAACUUGGUGCCCUCCCAGUCUCAAGUUGCAGAAGAUUGCAUGCGACUUGUGGAGGAAGGGGGUCCUCGAUUCCGACGACAGACCCUGGGAAUCUUUCAUCGAGCAGGGUUUGCAGCAACUGACGGACCAAGAAUCCUCCUUCCGUAGACCGUCACCAGAAACUGAUAAACUGUACUUUAUGUCGUCAGAAGACGGAGAAAUUGUCGACUUCGGUCACCCUCAGCCGCAGGAAGGCACAUUCGAUCCCCGCAAACCCGGAGCCCCCGUUCUUCACUUCGGUGCCGUGGGAUCGGGCAGGGUUCUCAUGCACGACGACACUAAAAGGCUGACCUUUGCGGACAAACACGGCAUCAUGUCUUUCGAUACAGGUUUUGGCUCGGUUGUGGAAUCCAUAUUUGGUAACAGAAAAGAUGACUACAUCUUCAUAAGAGGAAUUGCAGAUUAUAAAGAUGGGACAAAAAAGAAAGAGUGGCAGCCAUACGCUGCUUUGGCUGCAGCUGCUGUGAUGAAAUCUAUUCUUAGUAAUCUAGAUUGCGAUUGAGAGGCUUUUUUGUUCAUUUUGAGAACUUCUUAUUAUGAGUUGAUGUAUGUAAAAUGCCAUGCAAAGAAAGGUGUCUCAUUAAGAUAAGUUCAAAGAACAAAACUUUUUGUGUAAGGAAAACAUUUUUAAAAGGGUUUUUCUGUGCUAUUUCAUUUCCACGGGCUGUGAAAAGACUAUUAUUGAUGUUUAAUUAACUGGUAUUGCAGUGGUGGAUGCAUACUGUGGUGAUAGGUUUUUUCGGCCCCCGGGAAUGAAGUAUCACUGUUUUUUUAUAUUGUUUUUAUAUUAAAUUUGUAUGUUAGCUAUUUUUAAUUUUCUCAAAUGAAUUUAGGCUUCUUAUGCUAUCACAUGUCAUUUUUUUGAUAGAAUACUUGUCAUGCAUUUUACAACUUUGCUUACAUUUUCAGUUGUAUGCCUCUUUGUAUGUGUAAAAGUUAGUUCUACUUAUAUAUAUAUAUGAAGAGAGAGAGUUAUGCUUUUAAAAAAUGAAAAUGUUUAAAACUAGUCAUUAAUUCUAUUUAUUUAUACAAUUGUUAAUCUCUUUGUUGAAUUAGACCAAAUUUAUAAAUUUAAUAUUUAACUAACAAAAAUUGUUAUUGUUACAAUAUUGGUGACUGUUCGUGCAGCAGUAAUGGUAUGUCGACAAAACCUAUAUGCAAAACCUAUUCAGUGCAAUUUUGUAGAAUAAUAUGUUUUAAAUAUAUAUUUUCAGUUUUUUUUUCUAAGUUUCAAUAGGAACAAGUUCUUAAAUACUUAACUUUCUUUGAACUUAAUGUUUCAAUUUCUUAUAAGAAAAUCCUAGUUAUGUAGUGAGCAAUUACAUUUCCCACAUAUAUUAUAGUUUGCUAUCAUAGCACAUUGUAAUUUAGUUUAUCACUAAUUUAGUUUAAAAGGCAAUUAACAAAUCUUAAAUAUGGGUCACUCUAUAAUACAUAUUGAACAUAAAGAGAAAGAAAUGUUUCCAAUUUUUUAAAUCAUUUUUUACAGUUUAAUCUUUGUUAUAACUUAAUAUUGCUUGUCGGAACCUAAACUAUUGUCGGAAACAACAUUUUAAUAAUAUUAUCAGCAGGAUUGCUGAUGAGUGUUGUUUAACCUGAGACAUCUAUUGAAAUAAAAAAAUGGGAUCCUAACAAUUCUAAAAAAUAUUUUGAAAUGCAUGAGAAUUGUGAAAAAUAUUCAUUUUUUCGUAUUAUUUAUAUGAAUUCUAUAAUGAUUAAAAUAUAACAUAUUUAUUUGAAGUCAUUAGUGUGAGACAGUAAUAAAUUACAGAAAAGAAAACUCAGCAUAUAAAAAGAUAAAGUUUCUACUUUUAUUACUCGUCUAAAUUUUAUGAAAUGAUAUUAAAAUAAUAUCAAGCUUUUAUUCUAGAAAUAUCAUGAAGAUUUUCUUUGCCAAAAAUUAGUUAAAAAAACAGAAAUUUGUCAUUAUUUUUUUUUAUCAUAAUUUAUGUAAAUGGUGAUACCUAAACUACCUCCAUCAUUUUCAGUAGUUCAAGAAAAGUCGGCCUAUAACCGACCAAGUGGCGUACAAUGGGCAAAA